AAUAAGUAUUGGUAACCAAAGCGCUGUCGGCCUCUCUGGUCUUCUACCCAAAGAUUUAUCUGUUUUUCCAUUGCUUUCCGCUUUGCUCUGUGUCUCAAGAAAUUCAUGGAACCUCAAUUCGCGAUGAACUUCGAAACCCUGAAAGUGACCCAAUCCGAGCCUCCAAAUUCUGGUAUUUUCUUUCUCUACCUCAACAAUCCAUCUCGAAGAAACGCCCUCACCCCCAAGUUCUUCACGGAAUUCCCCAAAGCCCUCUCUCUCCUCGAUCAAAACCCAUCUGCGAAACUCAUCAUACUAGCCUCUAAUGGCGACCACUUCUGCUCCGGCAUAGACAUUCUUUCUCUGAAAUCUCUCCAAAACCAACAAACCCAAGACCAAGGUCGGGCACGAGAGGCCCUUCGGCGGGCCAUUAAAGAGAUGCAGUCUGCCAUUACAGCUAUCGAGCUUUGUCGAAAGCCUGUUAUAGCUUCAAUCCAUGGAGCUUGUAUAGGUGGGGGAGUAGACUUGAUCACUGCUUGUGAUCUCAGGCUCUGUAGCAAACAAGCUUUCUUCUCUGUAAAAGAGGUGGAUUUGGGUUUAACAGCUGAUUUAGGUAGUCUUCAGAGACUUCCUUAUUUGAUUGGUUAUGGAAACACCAUGGAUUUAGCCUUAACAUGUCGAAGAAUCGAUGGGCUCGAAGCUAAGAAACUGGGCUUGGUUCAAACGGUCUUUGAAUCGAGAGAUGAUUUGGAGAAAGGGGUGAUGGAGUUAGCUUCUUCUAUUGCAGAAAAGUCCCCAAUGGCUUUAAUGGGGACCAAAGCAGUGAUGCUUAAGGGGAGAGAACUGGGGGUUGAGCAUGGUUUGGACUAUGUAGCGACCUGGAAUUCAGCCAUGUUAUUGUCAAAAGAUUUGGAGGAAGCUGUUGAAGCUAGUGUUCAGAAGAGGAAGCCUGUGUUUGCAAAGCUGUAAGAAUGCUUUGGUAUGGAGAUUAACACAGAUGUAAUGCUCCUUUUCUUCUUUGAGUUUUUCUUGAUGGAGAUUACUAAAGAUAUAAUGUUCCUCUUUCUUCUUUCACUUUUUGUUGAUGAAAUUUAAGUUAUUUAACUGGUUAGUGGGAAAACUGUCCCUUUUUAUAAGGUGUUUUUUAUGGAGCUGUAAGAAAGCUUGUCGUUCUGGGAUAAUGAAGAUAUGGUAAAAUUGAAUUUAUGUGGGAUAAUGAAAAUAUGUUAAAAUUGAAUUUAUGUG